GCUCCUUUAAGUCAGGGACCACCUGCUCUCCUCGCGUCAGCUUCAUCCGCAGGAGGCACGAUGGCGAUCGAUCCGGCAGGAAAAUGUUCAAAGUGGAAUAUUUUGGGAAAAGCUCGACAUUCACAGCGAGAGAAACGCGAUCGUCGAGUCAGGAGACAAGCAUGAAGCCUGAUCACAAACCUGACGUCGAGUUCCUGUAGGAGCCCGUCCACCUGCAGGACAACCUCUGAGACCAACGUAUCGCUAACGCUGUCCCACUACCAGGAUGUGGAAACCAUAGCAACAGACAAGUCCUGUGUGUCCUGAGGAUACCUCUGUGUUUUAUCAAAGUGUGAAGCAUUAUCCAAGACUGGGCUUCUGCUGAGUCUGAGGAAGACAGGCUAUAUCAUGGAUAUUGCCAUGGAAGACCAACUUUUGGAGGACAUUGUAAUGUGCACACCACAACAUUAAUCAACAUGAACCUUCUUCUGGGCUGACAUCCCUCCAUAAAAGCUGCCAUGGCUUUUUGUAAUGAAAGCCUGCUGGAGGAGUGCAGCUUCCUGGGGCCGGACAGUGUGGAGGAAGCAGCAGAAAGUCUCCCUUCAGAAGCUGCGACUCCCCUCAUAUCGGUCACUCUGCGUGUGACCCUUGCCGCCAUAAUGAUCUUCAUGAUAACCAUCGGAUUCCUCGGCAACGCGAUCGUGUGUCUGAUUGUUUACCAGAAACCUGCCAUGCGUUCUGCCAUCAACCUCCUCCUCGCCACGUUGGCCUUCUCGGACAUCAUGCUCUCCCUGCUCUGCAUGCCCUUCACUGCGGUCACCGUGGCCACCGCCGACUGGAGCUUUGGGAGCGGGUUCUGCCGGGCGUCCAUUAUGCUGUACUGGCUGUUCGUCCUGGAGGGGGUGUCCAUUCUCCUGAUCAUCAGCGUGGACCGCUUCCUCAUCAUCGUGCAGCGGCAGGACAAGCUGACCCCUCACAGAGCCAAACUGUUGAUCGCAGGGUCGUGGCUGCUGAGCCUGUGUGUGUCCCUGCCCUCUGUGAUCGGGUGGAGGACCAGUACGGCGGGUAUUGGGGGAUCCUGGGCGCCGCAGUGUGUGCUGGGAUACAGUGAUUCCCUGGCAGACCGUGGAUACACAGUGCUGUUAGCAGUAGCAGUGUUCUUUGUACCUUUCACUGUCAUGCUGUACUCUUACAUGUGCAUCCUCAACACGGUGCGCCGCAACACCCUGCGCAUCCACAACCACACCAACGAGCACUCCUGCCUGCCAGCCCUCAACCAGGUCAGCAAGAUGAGGCUCACCGGGCUGCAGCGGCCUCCUCAGAUCAAGGUGGACAUGAGCUUCAAGACCAGAGCCUUCACCACCAUCCUCAUCCUCUUCGUGGGCUUCUCUGUGUGCUGGUUGCCUCACACGGUGGUCAGCUUGCUGGCGGUGUUCAGUCGGCAGUUCUACUACAGCUCCGUGUUUUACCCCAUCAGCAUAGGCGCUCUGUGGCUCAGCUACCUGAAGACGGUGUUCAACCCCGUCAUCUACUGCUGGAGGAUCAGGAAGUUCAGGGAGGCCUGUCAGGAGUUUAUACCCAAGAGCUGCAGACUGUGUCCCAGGGUGCCGGGCAGGAGCCGCAGGAGGGUGAGGCCGAGCAAUAUCUACGUGUGCAGCGAGACUCAGUCGGCUGUGUGAAACCAGUGGGCUUUGACACCCAGAAAAAUAGUUUGGACUCCUUGUCCUCACAAUAAAGCGGUGCAGUGAUGACCUCGGCCGACCUGGAAGUUAGCAUUGCAAGGGUUUCCUCUGCCAAAAGUGAUUACUGCAGUAACAACUAUUCUACCUGGGAUCAACAUAAAUGAUAAGACAUUAAAACAUCACAUUCUUGACUAUCCACAAUAGAGUGGUGCAGGGAUGAAGUAUUUUAUAGGUAGACCCAGAAGUUAGCAUAGCAAGAGUUCCCUCUACAAAAGUAAAGGAUUUUUUCAUUGGAUUUUGGUAUACUGCAGAAAUUAAGUUAUUUGGCAAAUACACAUGUAUGAUACUUAACAUGUUUUGUUCAGCAGGAUAAACUUGACGAUUAUCACGACUUUGAUUUUGAGCGUAACUGCAACCGGCAGAAGUAGAAAGCUAUCAAUAGGCUAUAACAAACUACAUCCUUGUCACGUGGCUGCAGGUCAUCACCGCUGAGCUAAAGGCAGACUCAAGUGUGGGGUGAUGACGUUUAGUAAUCUUAUUGAGCCGUUUGUUAGCAACUACCGUUUUUAUGACACAUAAAAGCUCCGGAAAUUCACAAGUUGUUUUUUACUGACGUAUUUUAUGUUGUAGAAAAACCCGUCAGAAUCUCAUAAGCUUGUGUUAACCAAAGACCUUAUUUCAGGCCUCUAACCAAAAGAACGUUUUAAAGAAAAGGUACUGUGCUAGGUCAUUGCUGGGUUUAAGAACUUUUUGCUGUAUAGGCAAUCAGUAAUGACCUUAAAAUAAUAUACUGGUUAUUGACUAAAGAAACUCACAUCAAGAAUGAACUUCCUUUUAUAAUCUUUAAGCCACUAUGGAUGUAACCAUAAUAUCACAGAUAUUACAAUUUGAACAACUCCAUGACAAUUGGACAUCCACUGAGGAAGGUCACGUGAUUUAAUUGAAAGCUCCAUAAGUUUUUAUUAUUAAUGUUCCUGAAACGUACUGCCAUCCAAACAGUUUUAUAUCCUUCGUUGUCAAUUCACCUCUUUGUUUCCGAGUUUGUGACUGAAUUGUUUCAUGAAUGUUAUCCUGUUUCUUCUGACUGAUAAGUAGUUGUGAUAAUAAUUAUCUUGUGAGUUAUGUGAUGAAUUUCAAACAAAAAAAGCAUACAGGGUAUUGAUGUUCAGCAACGUUUUCAAGGGACAGUCUGUAAGCUUUUCAACUGACGUCUUAUUUAAAAAAUACAUUGUUUAAAAUUAUAUCUGUGCAGAAACACAACCUUGUGUGAUUUAAAAUUGUAAUUUAAAACCAUGAGUGUAAACAAAGACGUGUGCCAGUUAUUGAGCUGUGAAUGUUUACUUGAAUGUAUCAUUUUCCCAUGAAUAACAAAAACCAGGUAA